AUCACAUAAUGGCAAAAACUUUUUCACUUAAGUGCAAAAACCACAUAAUGCAAAAAAACGUUUUUUGCCAUUAUGUAGUAAUCUUUUUACAUUAUGUACCUUCGCACAUAAGUACGAAAAAUUUCUUCGUAUCCCUCACUUCAAAAUGGAUUGUUCCAGUAAUACUGGAACUCUUUUGCACUAAACACCACAAAUGUUGUUCCUUGUCUGCGCAUGUGCAACCUCAUUGAUGUUGAAAAAAUGGCGGCAGAUCAGGUAGAUGAUGUUUUGCAAGCGAUUUCGCGCAAUAUUGUCACGGUAUCGAGACAAUUGACACAGGAAAAUCCAAACAGACUUCAACUCCGUAACGUUCUUCAAGGAUCUAAAGCAAAUUUUGGGCGUAUCUCAACAUUUUUGUCGGGAAACCAUGCGGCCAACAUACAACAGUCGUUGGACGAAUUGCUUCAGCUAAUUGAAAGGACAAUCCCCACGAACGCAGCAGCAUCCUCUGCGGACAAUCCUGACCACUACGACUUAGACGGUGCACUUGAACAUGCUAGAAAUCGAAUGCGUAGUCGAGGUCGGCCUUCGUUCGACAUAAACAUUGAGGAUAUAAAGGCGGGGCUGCAAAGUGGGUUUACAGCAAAGGAUAUUGGUAAGCAGCUAGGAUGUUCAGCAGACACAGUUUACAAGAAAAUGAAGGCAGCAGGCUUGAGCGUUCGAGGGGAAAAGUAUGCUGCACUGGAUGACCAAUUGCUUGACCAAUAUGUUGCGGAAAUCCAUCAUGAUCAUCCCAAGGCUGGGAACGAGAUGGUGAGUGGAUACCUGAAGGCCAGAGGUUUUCAAGUACAGAGGCAGCGAGUACGAGAAUCACUUACUCGAGUAGAUCCUCCUGCAGCAGCACAGCGAUGGAGCUAUGCCAUUUCAAGAAGAACGUAUAGAGUACCUGUGCCUAACAGCCUGUGGCACAUGGAUGGUCAUAUGCGACUUAUAAGAUGGGGCAUGGUUACUCAUGGCUGUAUUGACGGCUAUUCAAGAUUGGUGACAUUUUUAAGAUGUAGUACCAACAACAGGUCGUCAACAGUGUUGGACCUCUUUGUAUCAGCUGUUAUGAAGUAUGGCUUACCAUCACGUGUCAGGUCUGAUCAUGGUGGAGAAAACGUGCAGGUAGCCCUUUUCAUGAACUUGGUUAGGGAUAGCUCAUCAAGGAAUAACCACAUCACAGGCAGGUCCGUACACAACCAAAGGAUCGAACGAUUGUGGAGGGAUGUUCAGACAGAAGUUGGGGAUAGUUUUUACCAGCUAUUCCACGAUAUGGAAGACAGAGGAAUUCUGGAUCCUUCUAAUGAUUGCCAUCUCUGUGCACUACAGCUUGUGUUUGUGCCAGAGGUCAACAGACAGCUUCAGAACUUCAGGGAGGCUUGGAAUAAGCACAGAGUCCGGACAGAGUCUAGAAGGACUCCGGAACAGUUGUGGACACUUGGAAUGCUUGGUGACACUGAUGGUCAUACAGCUGUCAGAGAAAAUGCAGAAUCCAGACUCUUUGCAAGAUCUAGAGAGUAAACUACAGUCCUUUGGGCUCUCUAGUGAGGAUGUAGUGAUGGACAUUGAAGAAGAGAGAGUCAUUGUGCCAGCUGCACUUCAUCUUCCAGCUGAAACUCAUGUGACCCUUCUCAGCGAAGUCCAAGAUAUUGGGAAUCUAGAGCAGAAGUAUCUGCAUAUCGCAGCAAAGAUUAGUGAGCAUCAUUCAGAAUGAUAACAAUUAAAGUAAUCAAUGUUGUGACUGUGCCUGGAACAUUUUCAAACUCAUAUCUAUAGCUGUUGUUGCUGAUAUUGGUGUGGCAGCUAGCAGCUGCAGUGUAAUAAAAAUGAUCCCUGAA